AAUCUACAUACUCUGUGCCUAGAGUUGCUUGCUAUCUAGAUACGCUUGCCACUGUGAAGUCUUCGAAUUAGCUCCUCUGAAUCUGCACAACAGACAAUACUCAAAUGUCUCGAGAAGCCUGUGUCAAUUUGCUCAAUAAGUCUAUUCAAGACGAACCGCUAGCCCGUCAGGUGGAGAAAUCCAUCGCUGAGCACGCUGCAGGUGAUGAGAAGCAAUAUAAAGACGAGGUGCGCUCCAAAGCUGCCAAUUUGAAAACAAACCCCGAGCUCCUGAAUGCCGUCAAGUCUGGACAACUUCCAGCAGCCCGCGUAGCAGAGCUGACUCCUGAGCAGAUGGCCACGCCCGAAAAGCGUGCUGAAAAUGAAGCUAUUCGGGAGGAAGAGCUCAACAAGACCCUUGCGGUCGAUACGCUGCAACCACAUACUUUGCAACAAGAUGAACUGGAUGAGGACGUGGGAAUCAUGCACAACACUGGACAAGAUGGUCUUGAAUUCGAUGCACCAAAUAGCGGAGCAUAGAAACACACCAUGAAGCUCAAUCCUCAUAGCUGUCAUUGAUACUGGUAAUUGUGGCCUGUACCCCC